UGCACGGUUUCGCCUCAUUUCGAUCAGUCUUCGAUGUUGAAUCGAUGCCGCGUUUCGGCUAUCGGAAUCGGAGGUAAUGUUUUUGCAAAAUUACUGCAAUCGCAAAUCUAAGAAUGUGUGCUGACCAUAAUGAUUUCGAUUAUUUGGUGUUUGCUUCUAGUUAAAGUUAGUAACGGUGCUAACGUUUUCAACUGUCCCACUUCGGAUGUAAAGUUUGAAAAAGUGUUGGGCUUACGCCCGUCGAGCUCUAUCAACCCUCAGUUGCUUUACAAACUUGAAGAAAACGUUCCUCCCAGACCCAUUACUCUUGAUUGUUUGACAAAGUGCCAAUCUAAUGAUAGAUGUAGGAGUUUCGUGUUAUACCCUUCGCAAUGUAAUUGGUUCGAUCGAGAUUUUAGUGAAGAGGAUGAAUCUGAUUAUAUUAUAGACGAGAAUGCAGCCUGGUUUAUUAAGAGCUGCUAUUCGACUGGACAAUGUGAUAAAUUGUGGAUUUUUGAAAGGAUACCUGGAGCCACAUUGGUAGGAAACGACGCCAAAACACUACCAGGAACAUAUUCAAGAUCCGAUUGUCAACAAUACUGCCUUAAUGAAACUGACUUUUCAUGUAGAUCAGUUAAAUUUAGAAUAACCCAAACAAGCCACAAUGCGAAUAUACAGGGACUCUGUACUCUGAGUAAUAUGGAUCGUCAUCAACUGCCAAGUUCCUACAGGGUAUCUGGAUAUGAUGAUGAAUACUUUGAAAACCAGUGUGUGAGUCAAGAUCGUCAAAAUAUCAAUGGUGAUUUUUGUGCCUAUGAAGAAUACGCUAACAUAACUUUAGCUCAUAGUGACAUAGCAUAUCAGCAAAAAACGAAAGAAGAGUGCCAGAACAUAUGUGAAACUUUCAAAACUUUCAACUGCCGAGGAUUCAGUUUUAUAAAUAAUAAUUUAUGUUACCUGCACAGCGAAGAUAGUAAAAUUUUUGGACCAAUUCUUUUGAGAGACCAGAAAAAUUCGGUUUACUAUGAAAAAGCAAGCUGUUUGAACGUAAGUGUUUCAUGCAGUGAAACGUACAUGUCAAUACGUUAUGAUCCAGAAACAGACUUCAUUGGUAAAAUGUAUAUACAAGGAUAUUCAGAAAGUCCGCCGUGUUUUUCGAAUGGUAAAGGGAAAUAUGAAAUAGUGUCCCUUAACAUUCCUUUGGUAUCUGGAAAAUGUGGAAUCAUCAAAGCUGAAGGGCCGUUUAAUAGAACAUUACUCACAGGCAUCUUACUAAUACAAUACAACCAAAUCGUUCAGACUCAAAGUGACAGAAUAAUCAGAGUCGGGUGCAUUUUUGGAAACGAUACCAAAUUGGUGAUUGGAACAGGAGUGAAAAUCUCACCGAUUCUUCCAAAUAAUGGUAGUUCUCUUAUCAACCCCUUUUUCAAUACAACGACCUCCCCAGACAUCCAGAUGAAGAUACUAGACCGAAGUACCGGAGGAGACGUGAGUGACUCCCAUAUAGGACAAGAACUACAGCUUCGCAUUGAACUGAAAUCACCAGAUAAUCUCGACCUUUGGGCUAGCCACCUCAUAGCCAUGACUGAAAAAAAUGACCAAUCGAUUUUCCUACUUGAUGACUACGGAUGUCCCACCAGUUUGAAUAUUUUUCCUGGAUUAGACAAAAUCGUAACAAACACAUCUAAGGAGUUGGUAGCAAACUUUCAAGCGUUCAAAUUUGCAAACUCCCCAGUUGUUAGGUUCAGCGUGAUCAUACAAUUCUGCGCUGUCGAAUGUCCACCUAUCCAAUGUGGAAAUAAUGUGGUAUCGUACGGUCGAAAGAAACGAGAAGUAGUGUCUACGGAAAUUCAUACAAUUAAUGGCACAUCAGUAGUUAAAUUGAAUCGAGCAGAAUUUCAAGAGCGGUCUAGUGUAAUGUAUGAAAUGCCGUUGGAAUACAUUAUGCUUGUUAAAGACUCAAAGUAUAGCUCUGAAAAGCUAGUUGUUGGAGAAAAUAGCAGGAUUUUAGUAGCUGGAUAUGAUUAUAUCAACAAUGAAGUGUGCAUGGAUUAUUCUUUAGUUAUUGGCUUGAUAAUACUUUGGCUGCUGAUUCAAGUUUUCUUCAUAAUCGGUUGUAUAGUACUUGUGAAGAGAUACAAAAGAUAUUAUCAACAUGAGUGCACACGACAGUCUUUAGAAGAACUCCAUAAAAAUUUUGGAAUAGGCUUCAGCAACUUGGAGAACCGGAGAGUACAUUGGGCUGACAGUGACAAUAUUUUAUGACAUGAAUGUGAUUCAAAAAUGUAAAUGAAACCAAAGAUUUGUUGUUAAUAUAUGGCUAUACACCCGUUCA